GGCUCCUCCACGAACAUGGCGUCCAGGUGUAGCCUGGUUGUAUUUCUCUAUGUUAUAGUGCAAGUUUGUUUGACGAAAGCGUCCGAUUGCCCAGCAGAAAUCAACCAAAGAUGUAGAUGUCCGGGAAACGGAAAGCUGGACUGUUCGUCCAGUGACUUUGACGAUUUUCCAAUGAAUAUUUCGUCUUCAAAUAUGACAAUACGUGAACUAAACCUAGAAGACAAUAAAAUUAAAAGUUUACCAGAUGAAGCCUUUCUAGAGUUACAUCAGGAUUUAUCCGUUAUCAAUUUAAAAAACAACCAGUUAGAAGAUGUUGGUGCUAGUUUUAAUAUCAGUUUUCCACAACUCAAUGUUCUGGAUCUGUCAUACAACAAACUCAAUUCCACAGAUGCAUUUGAUUUAUCCAAAAUGCCUGCCCUAGAUAAACUCCUCAUGUCAAGCAACAUGCUAACUAAUUUGGGAGAACUUGGCUUGUCACCAACCAAUCUCACUUAUCUUGAGUUGGCAAACAAUAAAAUCACCACUCUAGGAAAGCUACAAGGUUUACACAACCUCAAGACAUUAGGGAUGGAUUAUAACAAAAUGGAGGUGCUAUUAGCUAAUGCCUUUCAGGGCAUGUGGUCUUUGACAGAUUUAAAAUUGAACGACAAUGACAUCAGAGAGAUAGUGAACAAUGCUUUUGAUGGCCUUGGCAGUGUGAUGAAUCUAAGCCUCAGUCAUAACAAGUUGAAGCAAAUAGAUGAGCGAAAGUUAGCCGGGCUAAAUCAAAUUCAACAGUUGCACUUAAAUGAUAAUCUACUAGAAAGUAUCCAACUGAAUCAACCAAUUCCAUCUUUAAAAUACAUUGAUGUAACUGGUAACAAUCUUACAUGUAAUGACAAUUUACUGUGGGUAUGGGAUUGGAAACAAAGUACAAAUCAUGAAAUCGUUGGUGAAUGUCACAUGCCUGGACAGAGGUCGAUUAAAAGUCUCACAGAUGUCACAGAAGAGGAAUUUCUGGGCAAAAUUGAAGAUAAAGAUGAUGAUGAUGUUCAAAUCACAGUCACCAUUACAUUGAAUGGAACAGCUGAGCCAACAGAAUUAACUCCAAGUGAAGGAGGACUUGCAAUUUGGAUUAUCAUUGUAAUUGUGGUACUUGUUGUCCUCCUUAUUAUCGUGGUUGUUGUCUGCGGUUAUAAAAUUUUGAGCAAAAGUAAGGAACCAAUACCAGUAACAACAAACAAACAAACGCGUAUUUUCUACAAUCAUAAAUACGAUUCUGUCAAACAAAGUGGACAAAGAUCAAAAGAUGUCUAUGCAGACCUUACCACGGAGUUAUAGAAAAAAAACCCUCCUGCUAUCAACCUUAUCCCCCCUAUUACAAGGACAAUUUAUUCAUUGUUUUAUAGAUUAUGAAUUAUCUUAAUUUGGGGUGGGAAGGCAUACAGUGUAAAACAUGGGGUCAAGGAGUUUUAAUGUAACUAGAGUUUUUAUUGCAAUAUUUCGUUUUUGUAGUCUAAUUUUUAAAGUCUAAUGGUCCCAAGAAAUCAUUAAGAUUAUUUUUUAUCCAUUUCCUCUUAAAUAAAAAUUGUGUGGGACAAAGUAUCGUGUAUGUGUGUAGGAAAGUGAUAUAUCUGCUCAUGAUGUAUAUAUGUGUGAUGUACAUGCACAUGUUGAUGUACGUGCUAAUGAUGUAUAUGUGGUAUACUAUGACUACAAGUAUGUGUUGGUGAGAAAAUAGUACAUUAACUCACGGAGUAUGUGUCAAUCUGUUUUAUUUGCAGAAUUUGGUAUAAUAAGGUGUAUAUGGUGUAUGAUGUGGUAUAUACAAGUGUGAUGUAUGUGAUGUGGUGUAUACCAGUGUGAUGUAUGUGACUACUAAUGUGUACAUUAAGUAGUAUAGUUGUGCCUAUGUUUUUUUAGCCAUAUUUGAUAUGGUGAAAUGUUUUAUGUAUUCAUCAAAAUUAAAUCGCAACAAUAUUGUUUUUUUUUCUCGUCUUGCUGACACUCCUUUAAUCUCAAAACCUUUAAAUUCAUUCAUUCAUUCGUUCAUUCAUUUAUUUGUUCAUUCAUUUCAUAAAUAUUUAAACAAAGUUUUUGCACGGCCUGGAAGAGUGAUGUAAUACAAGAAUUCUCUGAAUAUUAAAAUUCAACUUUUCACGAAUUGUGCCUGUAUACAGGAACUUACAUUACUUUGAGACAACACUGCAUGUUGGAAUCUUACAUACAUGUCAUAUAACUUUGAUUCAACCAUUUUUUGUUGUAACAUUAAAUUUUACAUGGCUGAUAGAAUCAGUUGCAUCAUGGGUAAUGUGAUGAACAUAAUUAAGCUGAAAAGGAACUUUUAUGGAUCAGUUUAUGUUUUGUGUGAAUUGCCACAUACUUUGUAAGUGUGU